UUAAGAAUCUUGUUUUCACAUCAUUUGAAUGCAUGUACUCACAAACACAUAUACAACCGUGGUCAAAAAGGGGAAUGCASGACCCGCACCACCAUCUGUCKGAAGAGUAGUAUCACUGGCGUUAUCCUGAGGGCUUGGAGGAGAGUUACUGCUAUCGUCUUGAACAGAAGAAGGUUUCUCACCUCCGACAUCUCGGGGGGGUCCAGUAACGCAAAGAUAGGCAAUGUUGACCUUUGUACCUGUGAUUGUGAUUUCCUCGUGGUUGUCUGGGGUCCACAUGCCACCCUCUUCUGUUCCGAUGCCCAAGUGAACAUCGGGCCCAUAAAUGACGCACCAAGCAGUAGAAUGCGCGUAUCCAACACAGUUUUCUUCGGCCAAACAUCCCUCUGCACAUUCCAAUUGAGUCGGAGGCCCUCCAUCUGCACCUGCAGUAUUGGAGUACUUUCCGUUCACUUUUCCAGAGAAGUCUGCGCCACCCCGGCAGGCACCGGAUUGUGCAGGAUCCCAGCCUGGUAACUUGAUGUCAGGGGCAUGAGCCACGGGUGGAUUCUUCGGUCCCUUYACCUUUGCCGUAAAAACGCAACCAUUCGGACAGUUUUCGGCRAUGCGAUCACUGUCUUCUUGGAUGYCAUCGAAUGCGGCACUACAUUCUGCUGCAUCCCCACUGCAUUGUGCGAGAUGAUCGUCAACAAUGAUAUCGUGACAAGAAUAAUCGGAGGCUUUCUCGUCCGAUGUUCCCGCAAUAAUCUUUGAGGGAUGGCUUUGACCGRUAAAUGGGUCUUCGGCACCAGACCAUGUCGCACCAGCGCUGGUCCAGAUUCCCUUCUUCCAUGUUCCACUUACCGAAUCGCAAGCAGAUUCCUCUAGCGCGGAUGGUUUGCCAUCGCAAACUCCACAUUCUGUCUSUUUGGUUGCGGUAUCGGGGGAGUCGCACCUCCCAAGAGCCUCACAGGCAUAUUGAUUGUCAGCAGAUGGAUCGGAACACGUACCRUCGAGUCCGGGUCCGUAAAGGAUACACUCCCCACCAUUGCAACUGGCACAAUACGAAUACCCCAAGCAAUGGGCCCCGUUGUCGUCUUUUUCCUUUCGAGCAUCGCAGGCUUCCUCGCACAUCGCCUGGGUAUGUUCGAUUGCGCUCAUUGAGUUGACUUUAUCGCUUACUCCGCCUGGUCCGCGACAUACUCCACCGGUAAGAAGUGUGUAUUCUCCGUUUGGGGUCUGGGGUCCGCCAACUUGAGCAACAGCGGGACCGAUGAAGGUCAGUAGUAACAGAGUAGUUCGUAGAUAUUUCAUCAUUGGUCUCGAUAUAUACGUUUUAUGGAGGAAUAACAAGAACCAUCAAACAUCGACGGCGYAUUCGUAGAGAACACUUCAAAAAGGAUUUGAGAAGCGCUCGAGAGUAGAUUGAUAUUGUAAUACACAAACYACUCUAGACACAUAGCUGACACGAAAACAUUGAUGGCACGAGUUCGUUCUUCUGAACAUAGGUCGUUCUCCCAAACUYAAGAAACAGUCCCAGUAAGAACCAGGAUCGCGUGUAUGGCACACUUUCGCAAUCAAAAUGUUAUACUUCAAUAAAGACAUUGUAGRAUGACAAAAUUGGGUUAUUGGAAGUGACCGAUAAGGGUGAAUUAAGAAAGCGUUCUGAAGUUCCCGUGAUCAGCACGGCCCACUCCUCUGUGUCAACAUCAAAAAGUUUCAGCAAAAAGAUUUCAGCAAAAAGAUACGGGUACAAGUAUUUUUUCUACGCAAUCUACUCAAGUACGUAUCAAGUAUCAGUACCAGGACAGGGGUGUACGUACGUACUACUAGUACGUACUCGUCGGUAACAGAAUUCCGGAUCCAAGUUUUGAAAAAAUUAAAUAAAAAUUAAAUCUUGUUUUUAGUCGAUAGAGUCAAAUCACCAUAUCUUUUCAUAACUGAAUUGUUGCUCCUAGAUUCGUUGAGUACCUUGAGCCUCACACCUGGUACCGUACAAACUACGAGUAAAGUACGUACCUUUCUCUCCUGUUUGCCUCUCGCMACAUGGACAACGACGACAAAUGACAACUGACUCCCGCAUCGGUGAUCRAAGGUGUUGAAUAUUACCACCAGCAAUACAACACAACAAGGAAAACAAAGAAGCAUUGAAGCUAUCCUGUUCCACUCUUGUAAAAAUGUCUUUCCGUAGAUUCCUAGCAACAAUGGUUUUCCUGGCGGCUUGUACGAAGCCGGAGUUGGCAGCAUCUCUCGGUCUCAAUCAUAAGCAUCGUCGGAAAUCCACCGAUUUGGCUGGUUCGAUUUUAUACAGUGAACGCAAUGCAGUGUCGCCCAAAACUUUGGCGACGAAAACCCAGACUCUCCGGUCGGAGUUGCAGUCAAAACAUACAGAUGGUGACGAUGGUGACAACGGUGAUGAUGGGAACGACAACAGCGUAUUAAUGGAUCCAGGACUGUGGAUUACGGACUUUCUAGCAUUGAUUCUCGCAUCCCAGUUGAUCGGACUUUUGAAUAUUCUCAACAGCCCGGAAUUCRUCCGGAACGGAGGCUGGUUCCAACCGAUACCGGCCAUACCUUCUACCCUCGACGACUUGAUAMAAAGAAUUUCGGCCUUUGGGAUCCUAUGGGCAAUUUCCUCAGUAUCUGUGGCGAACUUGUCGAAAACGAUAGGAGGGACAGAUGACGCAACAACACAGCUUAAUCGAAACARUUCGGAUAGGGAUUAUUUCUCUACACUACUGAAUCGAAACAUUCAAACUCUAGUCUUAUUCGGUUUCUUUCAAAUCCUGUUCAACACAACCAUGCUGGGAUUCGGCGGUACCGAUGGUCUUGCUAAUCAGAAUGGGAUUAUGCUGUUGGAUGUUUUACGGAAUUGUUACUACGUUGGRUUGUCUACUUCUGGUUUGCGCUAUAUUUACAUACGAUACUUUUUGCUACURUAAAGUACCGAAUACGGUUUUUGAAUACCCCCGAAACAAAUCGGCCCGAGCGUUUCAAAGAAGAAAAUGCAGUACUAAACUGAAUAGAAURAAAUCUGCCAACUCCGCGUUCCUUUCAUCWUGAGGAGGAGGAUUAMAGUUUUCGGAUUCGGUGSAAUCGUUGCCAUCAGCAGCUGUUGUCGCCGCAGGGGGCGUCGAAAAAAGCGGAUAGGCCGUGUUGAAUACAUCGUUCCAAAACUCGGCUCGGGAUUCCCGUCGGUAGUCUCGCUUUUGCUCGAGGUGGAUAAACCUGCCAUUAUAGGAGGACGCAGCGGUGCCGCAAAGAUCGGUUCUCGUCACACCAUUGAUGAACCUGCCCUGAAUGUUGGUGGUCCCGCAUAGCUCGCAUCCACCAGUUCUGCUACUCUUGCUCGCAAAAACGUGAUGGCCUUGGUCCAACGGAUGCGACGUUGCAAUGUUUCUAAGUAUUUCGAUUUUUUCCAUGURUWCGUCGCCAAUGUUGCCAUUCAAACGUGUAGUUGCAGUUGCGGCCACRGCCUUAAAGGGGAUGCUUUCCGAGCAGCUACCGUGGCUGAAAAAAGUAUCGAUGGAUCCACAGGUAGUUUUGCUCAUUCCGUGUAAUUGUACCGAAGUGUAGUCUUCGUGAACUAUGGACUCGUAGUAGAAUUUUAUAGCGGCUACGGCCGCGAGGAAACAGCUGUCGACGGAAUGUGCAGCGUCGGAAGGAAAAUGGGAAUAUUGUGGUUGGCAGGUYCCGAGGCUUCGAUUGUUUGCCAUCCGGUGGCUUCCCGCAACGACCCAAGACCUUGCGUUCGUACCCUUGAGAAGCCGUAUGCCCUGCUCCCCUGUUUCUGCAUCGAAUUUGGGGUGCGGGCAGUCAAAGGAAAGAUUCUUGGUAUCUGACGACGGAUCUAGAUCGAUGAUAACGGUACCCCAYGGAUAUGCAAUCGAUGUAGUAGCCAAUACGCAGUACUUUCUCCCGUUGUCUCCAUCGACGAACGUGCCGAUUAAAUACUUAUCUUUCAA